CUCUCUCCCUCUCUCGUUCCUAUUAAACCAACACCCCAUUUUGCUUCCACUUGAUCUUUACCUUUCUCUGUGAUCUGCUUCGUUUGCUGGUUUCACUGUAUCCGAGUUCAUUUCUUUCUUUCUCUCUUUGUUUUUGGGUGAGAUGGAGGCGGUGAUGAGCAUAGUGAUAUAUGUUCUUGAAUUGGAUUGAGUCUAUCUGGUAAGGAUUCAGUAUCACUAUUUGAUCAAUUGGGUUCUUUUCAUUUCAUAAGUUAAAUGUUUGAGCCUUUUAUGCUCAUACAUGCUCGUUCUUUAAUCUGGUUAAGCAAAAGAAAAAGAAAGAAAAACACUGUACCCAUCUAAACCACUCACCAAACCCAUCUCUCUCUAUCUCUUUCUGCUCCGUUCUUUAUCAAUCUUUCUUUUUCUCUCCUCAAAAUUCAGUUUUUGUUUGAUAUUUAGCUGAAUUAGUAAUAUUUCUUGAAAUUAAGAGAUCUUGUCGAGUCAAGAAUCGAGAUUUACAGUGUUGAUUACUGUUGAAGUUAAAAAGAGUAUAGGUCUUCUAUUUUUGUGAUUAUUGAUUAUAAAAGAGUUUUGUUUACAUUUGAUUACCGGGUAGUUGACAAAAAAAAAAGGUGGCUAAAAUGAGUUUAGGUGCGGCCGAGGAUGAUUCGGCAUCAGAGAUUCAUAUACCAGCAGAAAUAGACUGGCAUAUGCUUGAUAAAUCCAAGUUUUUCUUUCUUGGAGCUGCUUUGUUUUCUGGUGUUUCAGCUGCCCUCUACCCUGUUGUUGUUUUAAAGACUAGGCAACAGGUUUCUCCAACUCAAAUUCCGACACUGAAAUUGUCAUAUUCUAUUAUGCGUCAUGAAGGUAUUAGAGGUUUUUAUAGGGGUUUUGGUACUUCUUUGAUGGGAACUAUCCCGGCAAGAGCUCUUUACAUGACAGCACUUGAGGUGACUAAGAGUAGUGUUGGGACUGCAACUGUUAGACUAGGAUUUUCAGAUACUACAGCAACAGCUAUUGCCAAUGCUGCUGCUGGGUUGAGUUCUGCUAUGGCUGCGCAGCUAGUUUGGACCCCAAUUGACGUUGUGAGUCAAAGACUUAUGGUUCAGGGCUGCAGCUAUAGCAACAGUAAGAGUAGCAGCAAUGUAAUCCCCAAUUUGGAUUCGAGUAGGUAUAGGAACGGCAUCGAUGCAUUUCGAAAGAUUUUGUAUGCAGAUGGUCCGAGGGGAUUAUACAGAGGAUUUGGGAUUUCAAUAUUGACUUAUGCACCAUCUAAUGCAGUUUGGUGGGCGUCUUACUCUGUUGCGCACAGGCUUGUUUGGGGUGGUAUUGCUUGUUACACAAAUAAAAAAGAUGAGAGUUGUGUCAAUGGGUGUGGUUAUAGGCCUGAUUCAAAGGCAAUGGUGGCUGUUCAGGGGUUAUGUGCAGCCAUGGCUAGCGGUGUUUCGGCUAUGAUCACCAUGCCACUUGACACAGUUAAGACACGCAUGCAGGUUUUGGAUGGAGAACAAAAUGGAAGAAGACAGCCAUUAACAGUAAUGCAGACAGUUAAGAAUCUAGUGAAGGAAGGUGGAUUUGCAGCUUGUUAUAGAGGAUUGGGGCCAAGAUGGGUUUCAAUGUCUAUGUCUGCAACAACAAUGAUCACUACAUAUGAAUUCUUGAAACGGUUAUCUACAAAGAGCAGUGAGAGCUCCACCCAAUGACUCUACGACAGCAGCAAAAUGGCACAGAGAAACCUUUUCCCACUUCUAAUCCUCUCGAAUUUUUUGUUGCUCCUUUUACUCGAUUGUUUCAGAUGACUUGCCUGCCAAGGGGGCUUUAUCAAUGUAUAUUUCUUUUCUUUCUUAUAUAUAUGAAUCCUUUUGCUUGUCAAUUGUGGGGAGAUCAUUGAAAAUCAAUGUACACUUGUAUAUUAAUAACAAAGACCUUUCUUUUACAAA